AUGUACUCAACCCUGAGCAAUGCCGAGAAAGGCAACACUGAAGUGAAAUAUAAAGCAUUAUCCAAAGACGAAGAAACAGAUAAUGGCACAUACUCCGUGAGUAAUCCAUGUUCUAUUACCAAGAAGACUCUUAACAAUUUGCUAAAGGACUCAAAUUUGCAAGCACCAACUCCACGUCAAAAUUGGAGAGUACCAGCAGUUACAAGCUUCAAUAUCAUUUCGUUCCUAGUGUCACUCACACUUUUCUACAAUUCGUCAUAUCCCACUGUGAGGCAGAAUUGGGCUCUCGAGCAAACUUCGUUUUAUUGUAGGUCUACCUUUUGGUGUUUCCAAUAUUUUUGCUGGCCAAAAACAGCCAAGUUGAUAUAAACAAGCACCACUUUUUGAUCAUGUCAAGAUUCAAUUUGUGGAGAAAGUCGUUCAGGGAACAUUAUUCAACGAGCACAAUCUGUUACUAAGAGCCGACCCUUCACCCGAAGUCGACGAAGCUUGGUCUAAACUCACCGACGUUGGGGUCGUGAUUAUAUCGGGCGAACAAGUCUCAAAGCUGGGUAAAGAUCCAAAGAAAACUGUGAAAGCACCACUUGCUUGGGGUAAAUUAUCUCCUUCAUGACAUGAUCUAUAGAAAUUACAUCUACUGAACGAAUACGAAGGCUACGGAUCGGACGCGCACCUGGCACAACCGGAUGGCCAGCAUGCACUCCACUGUUUAAACGCAAUCCGAAAAUACGCCUACAAAGAACACUACUACCCCCUCCAGACUAGCUGUCCAUCCAACACCAGUUCGUCAUCACUGCUUGACGAAUUCAAUCAAGCGCAUCUCUCCCACUGUCUUCAUGUCCUUCUUCAAACUCUCUCUUGUGAUUUCAGCACUGACAUGAUCACUCAUAACUGGAUGGCCACUCAGGAUUUCCCGUUCCCCGAUUUUGCCAUUAAUAAGAAGUGUAAGGAUCAUAGUAGAUUCUUGGAAUGGCAGGAAAAGAAGAAGAUUAGCACGGAGAUGUGGGUCGAAAUCUCUCAGAUUGGACCGACGAGGGAAACGGGAGAGAUUGUUGUUGAUCUUCCGUCGAAAUUGAAGGCGUGGAGUGAGAAUGAGGAUGCCUUGGGAAGAAGCCCUUAA